GACGCUCCGUGCCGGGCCUGAGGCCGCCGCUACAAAAGCGGGGUGCAGGCGAGGCGGGUUCUGCGCUUCUGCUUUAGGGGGUGUAGUGCGUUGUAAGCGUUCCGCCGCUAUGGCGCCCCGCGGCCUUCUCGUCCUGCUGCUCCUCGCCCUGGUGGGGCCCUGCGCGGCACUCAUCAGGAUCCCCCUCACCAAAUUCACCUCCACGCGCCGCAUGCUGACCGAGGUGGGCAGCGAGAUCCCUGACAUGAACGCCAUCACCCAGUUCCUCAAGUUCAAGCUGGGUUUUGCUGACCUGGCUGAGCCCACCCCGGAAAUCCUCAAGAAUUACAUGGAUGCCCAGUAUUAUGGCGAGAUUGGCAUUGGGACCCCCCCACAGAAGUUCACUGUGGUCUUUGACACGGGCUCCUCCAACCUCUGGGUGCCGUCAGUGCACUGUCACCUGCUAGACAUCGCCUGUUUGCUACACCACAAGUAUGAUGCGUCCAAAUCUAGCACCUAUGUGGAGAAUGGCACUGAGUUUGCCAUCCACUAUGGGACUGGGAGCCUCUCUGGAUUCCUGAGCCAGGACACAGUCACACUUGGUAACUUGAAAAUCAAGAACCAGAUCUUCGGGGAGGCUGUGAAGCAGCCAGGCAUCACCUUCAUUGCUGCCAAGUUCGAUGGCAUCUUGGGCAUGGCAUUCCCGAGAAUCUCUGUGGACAAGGUCACACCUUUCUUUGAUAAUGUCAUGCAGCAGAAGCUGAUUGAGAAAAACAUCUUCUCCUUCUACCUGAACAGGGAUCCCACAGCUCAGCCAGGCGGUGAGCUGCUGCUUGGGGGGACUGACCCCAAAUACUACAGUGGUGACUUCAGCUGGGUGAAUGUCACACGCAAAGCCUACUGGCAGGUCCACAUGGACUCGGUGGAUGUUGCCAAUGGGCUGACCCUUUGCAAAGGGGGCUGCGAGGCCAUUGUGGACACAGGCACUUCCCUCAUCACUGGCCCCACCAAGGAAGUGAAGGAGCUGCAAACAGCCAUUGGUGCAAAACCACUCAUCAAAGGCCAGUACGUGAUCUCCUGUGAUAAGAUCUCGUCUCUGCCUGUUGUCACACUCAUGCUAGGUGGGAAGCCCUACCAGCUCACUGGGGAGCAAUACGUCUUCAAGGUUUCUGCACAAGGAGAGACCAUCUGCCUGAGUGGGUUUUCUGGCCUGGAUGUCCCACCACCUGGAGGCCCACUCUGGAUCCUGGGAGAUGUCUUCAUUGGCCCCUACUACACUGUCUUUGACCGUGAUAACGACUCUGUUGGUUUCGCCAAAUGUGUCUAAGCGCCUGACCCCCCCCUCCCUCCUCACUGUCUCUGCUACACACAAACACUUGCAUACACACACAGGAGCUGUAGAGAAGUUGUAGAGAAAGAUUAUCAGGAUUAGAAACCCACUCAGUGGGGAAGAAAAAUACCAAAACAAAGGAAUUCAACUAGACUUAAGGUUACAAGGAAAAUAGUCAUUGUUAAUGUCCUGCUAGCUACUUUUCCCCUUCUGAGUAAGUGGUGCUGGGAUAAUUCUAGUUGACAACAGCAGCUGGAGUAGCCCCUUGCUUACUGCUAGAUCUUUGAGUAUUUGUUUUUAAGAUAUACUUUCAAAGCUGAACCAGCCCUCUCUGCUCCCCCCACCCCCAGUGCCCCUGGUGAGGCAGCUGGUUGGCUCUGCUCCUGCAGAGGAGCUGUACUGGGGCUUCUUCAUUGGGGGAGAAGGAUGGAGAAGUCAGGUGAUACUUCUGGUUUGUCACUGAAGUGGGGGAUCAAGUCCAUCACCCCUUUGAUGGAUGAGGAAGCAAUUGCUAGACCAUUUCUCCAUGAGUUGGCACUGGUUUGGUCCUCAGAGAGCAUGUCCUGGGCUGAAGCAGUAGGGGAUUGUGUAGCAUGCACAGGAUUUGAGUUUUGGAGUUGAGGGGCUCUGUUUGUGUGUCUUGUGUUGUGAAGGCACUAGUGAGAGCAGGGGGUGUGAUGUCAGCACACCUGGCCUGAGCCUCUCAGACCUAGUAGGGCAGGGACUUACAGGAGGGUUCCAGUCAGUGGGACUUCUCAGGAAGUAAGAAUACAAAGGGGGGUGGGUCACAAUAGGUUUUAAUGCAAGUCACUUGAUUUCAUGUCCAUGAAGGCCCAGCUUUGUGCUGAAGGCUGAGCGAAGCCACUAUACCCAAGUUCUCUUGGGUUUGUUGAGCUUCUCCCAGGUUUUCCUUGCUAACUUCAUCCAGAGCCAGUGAGUUGAGGGUAAUGUUUCCCAAAGCAGUUAAGUGAUGUACAAGCUUAAAUCAUGAGACCUUUAGGAAACAUUACUUAUAGUGUUUUGAAUGUCCCUAAACUCAAGAGUCUGUUGGCAGAGGCAGCAAGACUUCCAGGCAGGAGGGUGCCACAGAGGCUGUGGGCUGGCAUUUGCACUCCUUUUUCCCCUACCAAGUCCAGAAAGCCUGGGGUUUAACAUCCUACCUGGUGUGUUGUUCCCGUGUUAAUAACAUCAGUGAGAUCUCUGUCCAUUUACUUCCUGUGCUGCAGACCAAACAAAGCAUUUUCUUGUUUUGGAGAGGUGGUAGCUGAAGCUAUGUUUGUAGAGCCACAUCUUUGUCCUGGGGAUCCAAGAUCUGGGCACGUGGAGAUGUUUGUUUCAUUGGGCUGGCAUCAGUAAGCAUACACCAGGUGAGCAAGGAGGCAGUGGUAACUGGGAGGAUGAUGAAGUGAGUUUUUAGUAGAGAUCAGAAGAGUUUCCCAAAGCUCCCAGUCCAUGCUGAGAGGGAGAACACAGUCGUAUUGUCUUCCCAGUGCUUUGCAUCAGGUCCUGAGGUUAAAGAGGUGAGGGACAGAGCUGAGGGUGACGAGAACCAUCAACAGGUGAGUGAAUAGGUUAUUAAUCAAUGUGAGGUAUGCAUACAUGUGAGCUACAUCAUCCCAACAGUAAAUCUACCAUGAGCUUUGGGGUGUGAGUGGGGAAGAAGCCUACAGGUGAACUAUGAGAGCACAGCUGCGGACAGUGAGCACCUAGCCUGCAGAUGUUGCUUGUGGUGCAGAGGUCCAGUUGGCUUUAUAACCAUAACUCAUGCUAUGGAGGUGUCUUUUGUGGGUAGCAGGGAUGUUUCUAAUGUGUUCAUUGUCCCCAUGUAACCCUGGAUGUGACGUAUCUGCUGCUCCCAGAGCUUGCUUCUGCCUGCUCACGGACUUGCAACCCUGGAUCUGGGUUCCUGUGGAUGUAUGUUGCUGACCAAGAACAGCAUGUUACUGAAAAAAAAAAAAAUGAUGCUCCAAAAUCAACAGCACCUCUCCAGAGAGCCCACUUCUUGCAUUACAUACCCGCAACACCUUGAAGUCUUGCUAGACCAUCUGCAAGCAGCAGGAUUUACCCAGCACAGUGAGAUGGCAUCUUGAGUACCCAUUUGGUUUUUUUUACUUCUUUCAGAGCUGAUAUGGGGAAUGUGGAGGGGGACAGUGGGUUUUGAAUGUUCCAUGACAGAUUUUAGCUGUGCAGAACUGGCCAUCAGACAGCAGCUCUGGUGGAUAUGCAAUGCCUUAUAGCCUCCGUGGUCACCCAGUGCAUGGCUCAGAGCCGUGCCCCAACUUAACAUAUCGUGGGAUAGGCUGGAGGAGCAGUUGGGUGUGACUGCAUUUGCAAUACAAAUCAUAGUCUUCACCGAAA